AUGGUAAAUAAAGAACAGGUAAAAAGGACCAUGAAACAUUUGUGCAAGAAUGACAAGUACUCGAUUUUACUUCCCACUUACAACGAAGUGGAGAACUUACCUAUAAUAAUAUGGCUUAUCGUGAAAUAUAUGGAGGAGAGCGAGCUCGCCUAUGAAAUCAUUGUGAUAGAUGAUGGAUCUCCAGAUGGGACUCUUGACAUUGCUAAACAACUGCAACGUAUCUAUGGCGAAGAUAAAAUAAUCUUAAAGCCCAGAGAGAAGAAGCUGGGACUAGGAACAGCUUAUAUGCAUGGAAUUAAAUAUGCAACCGGUAACUUUAUCGUUAUCAUGGACGCAGAUUUAUCUCAUCAUCCUAAAUUUAUUCCAAAAAUGGCUGAGUUACAACGAUAUCUCGACCUAGAUAUAGUCAGUGGUACAAGAUAUGCACAGGGUGGUGGUGUUUAUGGUUGGAAUUUCAAAAGAAAAUUAAUCAGUAGAAGUGCAAAUUUUCUAACUCAGAUUCUACUAAGACCUGGUGCAAGCGACUUAACUGGUAGUUUUAGACUUUACAAAAAAGACAUACUGGAAAAAUUAAUACACUCCUGUGUCUCUAAAGGAUAUGUAUUUCAAAUGGAAAUGAUAGUCAGAGCUAGACAAUUAAAUUAUACAAUAGGAGAAGUGCCAAUUACAUUUGUCGACAGGGUUUAUGGUGAAUCUAAAUUGGGUGGCUCAGAGAUUUUUCAGUUUGCGAAGGGCCUUUUAUAUCUUUUUGCCACCACGUAAU